GUACGUGCGUACGUGUGUGCGUCGGGGCGUGCGUGCGUACGUCGUGCGUGCCGUGAGCUCGCCCGGCACCGCGGCCUCGCCCUCCGCCCCUGAGCCCCGCCGCCCAGGCCGCCGCCCCCCCCCGCUCGCGCCGCCGCCCCCGACGGGGAGGACCAUGGCGAAGGUGGAGCAGGUCCUGAGCCUCGAGCCGCAGCACGAGCUCAAGUUCCGAGGCCCUUUCACUGACGUGGUCACCACCAACCUAAAGCUCGGUAACCCGACAGACCGAAGUGUGUGCUUUAAAGUGAAGACCACAGCACCGCGCAGGUACUGCGUGCGGCCCAACAGUGGGGUCAUUGAUGCCGGGGCCUCUCUCAAUGUGUCCGUGAUGUUACAGCCUUUCGAUUAUGAUCCCAAUGAGAAAAGUAAACACAAGUUUAUGGUUCAGUCUAUGUUUGCUCCGCCUGACACUUCUGAUAUGGAGGCAGUAUGGAAGGAGGCAAAACCGGAAGACCUUAUGGAUUCAAAGCUUAGAUGUGUGUUUGAAUUGCCAGCAGAAAGCGCUAAACCACAUGAUGUAGAAAUAAAUAAAAUUAUACCUACAAGUGCAUCCAAGACAGAAGCACCGGCGGCCGCUAAGUCCCUGACAUCGCCCCUCGAUGACACAGAAGUAAAGAAGGUGAUGGAAGAGUGCAGGCGGCUGCAGGGCGAGGUGCAGAGACUUCGGGAGGAAAGCAGGCAGCUCAAGGAAGAAGACGGGCUUCGGGUGAGGAAGGCGCUGCCAAGCAACAGCCCCAUGGCGGCUCUGGCUGCCACCGGGAAGGAGGAAGGCCUGAGUGCCAGGCUGCUGGCUCUGGUGGUUUUGUUCUUUAUCGUCGGUGUCAUUAUAGGGAAGAUUGCCUUGUAGAGGCCGCAUGCGAAGGAUGGCAGAUUGGAUUGAUGGAUCUACCACACCAUGGGAUUUAAAUUUAUCAUAACCAUGCGUAAAAAGAAAUUAAUGUAUGACGGCAUCUCACAGGUCUUGCCUUUAAAUACCCCUCCCAUGCACACACAAAUGCACACACAAAUAUAGCAUAAUAUAAUGAUCUUUUAGAAAGUUAAAAAUGUAUAGGGAAUGGAUGGGGAAAGAAUGGUCUGUUGCCGUAGGCCGGGCCGUGAUUAACCACAGUGGCAUCUUGUAGCUGUCACAUUCAGUUCGGGUAGGCCGUGGCACGUGUUGCUAGAUCACUCUCUUAAAGCAAGAGGCUCUUCCUCACAUGUUGGGGCUGGCCCGUGGGAAUGGGCGUCCUGUGAGGUGGGGUGAGCUGUCUUUCCUUCCCUAGGUGGCUUCCCCAGGCCUGCUGUUCUGUCCAGGCACCGUCCCCUCAGGCCUACAGAGCUGCAGGAGCCAAAGUGCAUUGCACAGCGGCCACAUCUUGUGUACCUGUAGGUCGUGUGGGAGAGACAUGAGUGGACCGACGGGUCCAACACAGGGAAAUCGAAGUCUGUGCUCUGUUCUCUUGAAGGGACCAAGCUAAAUUACUGUUGGUUCGAGCAGUGAACUGAGUUGUUAUCGGAGAUGGCUGAUGCUUAUUUAACCUAUUUCAUCUCGUGUGUUUCUGCUGUCACCAGAGCACAGGCAGUGAGUGCUGCAGACCACCAGUGAGGAGCGGCUGCUGCUGUGGGCUCUGUGGCUCUGAGGGAUGGGGAGGCUCUGAGUCAGGAAGUGCUUUGUUGUAGGUCAGUAACAGCUGUCCUGAGGAGGGAUGCUCUUUGUAAUGACAGUCAGCUCUGGAUUACCCAGUCUUCUAGAUUGCCCUACCAUUCAUCCUUCUAGAACAUAGGCCAGCUCUGACCUGCCCUUCUCAGGAUGAAUGAGUCAGGCUGCAGAGGGUGAAGGGCGUAGAGAGGGUGGGGUAGGGGUAGGGGAGCCCCUCAGCAUCUGCUGGUGAUGAAGAGUCUCGACUGUGAAUUAAUUUCAUGCCAUAAAAGACCGAUCCAGUUCUGCUCAACUAUGUAGCAUAUUAAAGGAAGAGAUUAAAAUAAAGCCCCAAAUUCAGAGUCCUUUUGUCAUUUUGUCACAUUUGCUGUGUGGGGUUCUUAUUAUCAGUCAUCGUUAGCGUGCUAUGGACGGUUGAUUUUAAAAUGAGCUCUAUCAGUGGGAAACCCAUGUGUAAUGAUUUGACUCUGCACACAUCUGUAUACACAUGCACACACAUAUAUUACUAUUACUUUUAUUAUUAUAUUUUGGUUGGCUUCAGCUUAACAGCAGGAGUCAUCUCAGGCCGGCUGUCCUUCCCCUUCUGUGACCUUGGCCCUUCAGUGACAGGCCUGGGCCUGAGAGGACAAGCCCAUCUAAAGGAAGACUGGCCUAGACACCUGGGACCACACUGCUGCUGGGCCUGAGUAGGCAGCUGGGACCUGGAGACGGCUGAGACGGCGCUGGGCGGGAAGCAGCCCGAGGUACCCUCAGGAAAUGCUAAGCAGUUUCCAGGUCCUUUCCAAGGACCUGAGGAAGGGAAGGUAUGGCUGAGCUGAGGGUGAGGUCGGAGCUGCCACCUCGCUUCCUUGGUGGACUGAGGUUCAGCAGUCUAAGGUGCUGCCAGUAAUUCUUUUGCAGCUUUUGAGGACGGAGUAACUCAGCGCCUCUGACAGGACCUGGAGUGUCAUAUAGCUCUAUGACACAGGAGUCAGGGUCUGCAAGUGUUCCUAAGGGGUGGCUCUGUGUGCCAGAAAGACUCGAGAUGCAUAGCCAGCUGCUGAGGUCAGAGCAUGUCUGGAAGCCGCCGCGGCUUGGGCUGUGGAAGGUGAUUGUGUGUGCGCUGUCACAAUGCUCUUAGCAGGCCAGAGGGUGCAGACACUUCUGCAGUAGCAGCAACAACAAAAACUCCACAUACAAGGGUAUUCUUCCUUUGUGUGGCCCUCGGAAGCCUGUCCUCAGAGAGAUGACUGGCAGUGUGGUAGUUGGGGGCUUCUUGACCAAGGGGAUGAUGGGAGCUCUGGGAAGGUUAGCAAGGCACAGUGGGUCAUCCGGUCACUAACGAAUGCUGGAAGAGAGGUGUCAGUAGGAAGAGCACUUUCACGUGUGCUCUAAGAGAGCUCUGCACAUUUGGGGCCUAGAGGAGGUGAGUGUCACUCUCUGUACCACAACUCUGCUGUCUCAAAGACAACAGAGUCAGGUGUCCUAGAAGGUGUGAAACUGAGAGCUAGUAAGGUGGCAGCUAAGAGGCAGCCAGGACAAGUCCUCCAUGGUUACGGGGCUGCUGCCCCUCCUUAUUAAGUGUCCUGGCUUUAAGCACCAGCCACCGUGCUUACAGAUGGAUACAGUAGCAGAGUCCCACCAGCUGCUAUUGAUUGAAUUUCCAAGUUGAUAAUUUAAGCUUGGAAAGAGACAGAGCACCUCUUAGAGACAACGAGCACUAUUAUCCGGCCGUGUGAGGCCCUGGCUUUAAUUUUCUUCUCCUCCUACUUUGCAUGUUUUCCCUCUCUGGUCUUUUAAACUGCUGGCACCAGCAGUAAUAAAUACUGAUAAAAUCAAAAUUGAUUUUUACCAGUGGACAGUUUAUGCCUAGAGAGACGGCUUAUACCUACAUAACACAGAAGGGGGGAUGAAGAGCCUCCAGUGAGCCGUGAAAAGCUAACUGCUUUCAAACAAAUCCUAGGAACAGCAUUGCUGUGUGAAGAUAGCAGCGCCCAGCCUGCAGGCUGUGUUGAGUCAGACAGAACUGAAUGCAGCCAGAGCUAAAUAGCCCCUCAGAUUAAUUUGAAAACAAGCCCUGUGUGUGCAUUUGUAUGUUUGUGUGUAGCAUAUGUGCUGUGUGUAAGCAGCUUGACAGUUCCCAAAUGGUGCCUGUAUCUUUUUUUUGCACACAGAUCUUAGUGUUUUCAAACUCAGAGUCCAUGCCAAAAUGCAGUAUCAUUUGUCAUUUUCAGGCUUCUGAAAAAUAACUGGCCCAAGUGCAAAUUUCUAGUUACAGUUUGCCAAACCCUUAUUUUAAGGGAGAGACUGGGCCAUGGGACAGUUGGUCCUGUGAUCUAGGUCAUUCUGUAUACCUGAGUGACAUUCUCCUUCCCAGGCCUCCUCCAGUAUAGACAGAGGCCUAUGUUCCUAUUGCUGCUGUGGCAGCUGUCUCCUGUGGACUCUGUCUACUGUGACAGAGGGGACGAGUAAAACUUUGUUAGUAACAGGAAGGCAGGCACCAGGCUCAUCCUAAUUACACUUGGCCUUGUCGGCUGUUACUGAGAAUGAAUGCUUCUUAAAGCCAAGCAGAAAUGCAGUUGUGUUUAAAGGUCCCCUGCAGAGCAUAGAUGGAUGGCUACAGCAUAAGGAGGCCUGGCUAUCAGUCUCGGGGAUCAUGGCCUGAUGGCUCCCUCGGGGUUCCCUGGCCUGAUUGAUCAGACAUGGAAAAGGCCUUUCCUCUAGGAACCUUUGUCAACACUACUCUGGCUGCAGAGCACCUCACAAAACCUCACGUUAGGCUCUGCCCUAUACAGUGGAAUAAAAAAGCCCCAGUGCAUUAAGGUGGGCAACCGUUUAGUUCUGAACUAAGUCAGCCCCAACCUGUGUGUACAUGCUAACACACUGCUUGUUGGAGACCUUCAAGUCAGUGAAGGGAACAAGGCAGAGGGAGGUGUUUGCUCCAGCUCACCAGCCAUGCUGUCUGCCACCCUGAUCCAGCUGGUGUAUCCAGGCUGAGCAGGAAGAGCCAGGGCUCUAGUGUGGCCUGCACACAUUCCACAUGAUGAAUGCGUAUGGUCAUUUCCAUUUUGCUCACUGCCCAUGUGCCUGGGGAAUUGUGGAAGCUUUAGAAAGAAAAUUACCACUAUGUCUCAGUGAGGUGAGGCUGCUGUGUCUGGAGGCUCCUCAUAACUUGUAAAUUAAAUGUGAAUGAGAGAAGUUCAUUAAAAGUGGCAUUCUAGAAGUGGCCUAUUGAGGUUUGAAAGCAGCUGAGCUCAUGGUGUCUGGGCUCCCUCUAAACCUGUGGAGAAAUGCAUGAACAAGUAACAGGCGACAGUCACAGGAGCAUAGGGCGCAGGCAGCUUGGGUGCUGUGAGUGGAUCACUGCCUGGCUCCCUGCCCUCCAACGGUUACUUCAUGCUCAACACAUGAGGCUCAGCCACUAAGAAUAUUCACUAUUCGGAGUGCACAAGGGAGCCAGGCCCCUAAGGGAAGGGACUAGUGCUAUUUCCACAGCAGUGUGCAUGUUGUUUUCAUUUAUUCCCAGUACAUAAGAACAAUUUCAAAGGCAUAACACACACACAAACAUCUGUGUAUUAGGGUUCAGAGAGAUCCCAGGAAGGUAGAGAGGUGGUUUUGGUGGAUAUAAUAAUUACCUUAAUUUUCUUUUCCUUAAUGGAAUUAAUGUAUUAGAAGAUGUUUGCUUCUGCUCUACAGAAAAGGAAAGAAAGCUAACAGUAAAAAACACAGCUAUUCACCUCACUACAAAUGUUCGCAGUUAUGCUACGUGGAAUGUUUCCACAGUGUGGAUUCCACUGAUGAAAAGAUGUCUCUAGGAAGGGGAGCGGCUGCUGGUCGCUGAGUGCUGCAACCUAUAAACGCUGCUGCUCUUUAUUUGGAACCAGGAAACAUUGAUCCUGUAACAAUGCCCUAUUACAGUUGCUGUAUUGCAGCGAGGGCUGUUGCGGGUUUAAUCAUCUCACUAAUGGAUGUGGGUGCAGGAUAGGUACCCUGCCUUGCUGUUCUGCCUGCAUCCUGAUGAGCCUCAGUAGCUGUCGGGGCCAUUGCAUGCUGGAGCUGCAGCUGCAGUUCCAUCUCCCGAUGCUCAAAAGCCAUAGCUGGCCGAAAUAAAACAGAGUACCUGAUCCUUUUUGCCUCCCUCCAGAAGACACCAACUAUGGGAGACAAAUCCGAUCCUUUAACACAACCUCAUUAAGGCUCCAUGCUAACAGGAGUGCAGCGCUUACGUGGCUUACAGACAUGAUAAAUUAUCAUGCACGCUCCACACAUCGACUCACCGGCUCUCCCUGUAACACAGAAAGGCCUCCAUCUUUUUUUACGGAUGGGCUACCUGCAUUCCCAUCUCUUUGCUUUUUAGAAGUAAACUAAGUUCAGAUGCUAGCCCUCUAGUGCAGCAUUUAUUUAAAAGAAAAAAAAAAUGCCCUUUCCCAUUGAGUCUGUUACAUGGCCUCAAAGGCCAGAAUUUAUUGUCUGUGAUAGUGAAACCAUGUGUACAAAACUGCCUUCUGUUCAUGAUCCAUGUAGCAGACGUUCCUAAAAUGCUUUCUCUAUUUUCCGUAUGAUGAGGUGCUCAGAAAAUAAUCAGCAGGAGUCAUUUAGCGAUUGGGUGUUUGACUGGUAAGCCGUCUAAGUCGAAUGCAAAAUGCAUCAGGCCUCAUUUUGUGUGUGUGUGUGUGUGUGUGUGUGUGGCUGGCGUUUCUUUUGUUUAUUCUGGUUUGGUUUUUAAAUAAAAUAUAUGAACUACUGGCAUUUGGAACUUCCUAUAAUAAACACAAGAUAAUGUUUCCAUCACUGCCCCCUCCUCAUUGAGGAGAGACACAGUCUCAGUAAUUCCCCAUCGGUUUUACAUCCAUUCUCAUCUCUAAAUCUCUGCAGCCUGUGACUGUGUAUGCCAAUUCUGACCUCAGUGUAUGUCAACAUUUUAAGGACUGAGCGUUUUAAGGGAUGUUUUAGAAUACUGGUCUUUCCUGAUCUCUCCUUUAUGCUUUUUAAGCUGUAUUUCCUGUUCUGACAUGGGACUUGUUCACACAAGCAGAGCAGGAAAGGAUUCUUUCUCGUGGUGCACUCUGGUUGUCUGAUGUGUGAUAAAUUUGUGCUUUUACGGCUGACUUUACAUUUCCCAGAGGGAAGGAAACGGAUUUCUAGUGUCCAGACCAAAAGAGCCAUUCACCCAGAGUUCUCACAUGUUGUAUACUGGUCUGAUGAAACCUGCCCUGCCGCGGCAUAAACUUUCGUAUGAGCUGUCUCCAUAUAAUGUUAAUAAAUUGUGUGCUCUGAAUACAUGUAAA